AUGGAGAUGGAAGCGGUGAAGAGGAGCCAAGAGGGAGCAGGGAGAGGCCGCAGCCGGUAUAUCAAGCUCCAAGUCUGCAGCCGGGUGACGGCCGGCCUGGCCGCCCUGGCCGCUGCCACGCUGAUGGGGUUUAACAAGCAGACCAGCGUGGUCGCCGGCUUCGCCAUCGAGGCCUCCUACCGCUUCUCUCCUGCGUUCAAGUUCUUCGUGGUCGGCAACGCCAUUGCAUGCGGCUACUCCGUGGUAUCCCUGCCUUUCGUCUCCAAUCUGGUCGAGGGAUGCACGCUGAACCUGUUCGAUCUGAUGAACCUGGGCCUGGUGAUGGCGGCGGCGGCGGCCGCGAGCGCGGUCGGCUACGUGGGGAAGCAUGGAAACGACGAGAUCGGGUGGGCGAAGGUGUGCCCCUACUACGAGAGGUUCUGCGGGAGGACGGAGAUUGCUUUGGGCUGUUCCUACGUGGCUUUUCUUCUCUUCCUCUUCGUCUGUGCUCUCUUCUCGGUCUACAAGUCUAGGCAAGUCAACAGUGAGUGA